AAGCCGGUUUGGGAGAGCCGGCGGUGGCGGCGGCAACAUGGCGGACGUGCUGAGCGUCGGGGUGAACCUCGAGGCCUUUGCCCAAGCCAUCAGUGCCAUCCAGGCGCUGCGCUCCAGCGUGAGCAGGGUGUUCGACUGCCUGAAGGAUGGCAUGCGGAACAAGGAGACACUGGAGGGCCGGGAGAAGGCCUUCAUUGCGCACUUCCAAGACAACUUGCAUUCGGUCAACCGGGACCUCAACGAGCUGGAGCGGCUGAGCAACCUGGUGGGGAAGCCGUCUGAGAACCACCCUCUGCACAACAGCGGGCUGCUGAGUCUGGAUCCGGUACAGGACAAAACCCCGCUCUACAGCCAGCUCCUUCAGGCCUACAAAUGGUCCAACAAGCUGCAGUACCACGCCGGUCUGGCCUCUGGCCUUCUCAAUCAGCAGUCCUUGAAGCGCUCAGCCAACCAGAUGGGCGUGUCUGCCAAGCGUCGGCCCAAGGCCCAGCCCACGACUCUGGUCCUGCCGCCACAAUAUGUUGAUGAUGUCAUCAGCCGCAUUGACCGGAUGUUUCCUGAAAUGUCCAUCCACUUAUCCAGACCCAAUGGGACAUCAGCAAUGCUUCUGGUGACCUUGGGGAAGGUACUGAAGGUCGUUAUGGUUAUGCGCAGCCUCUUCAUUGACCGCACCAUUGUGAAGGGCUACCACGAGAACGUCUACACGGAGGACGGCAAGCUCGAUAUAUGGUCCAAAUCCAACUACCAGGUGUUCCAGAAGGUGACAGACCACGCCACCACCGCCCUGCUGCACUACCAGCUGCCCCAGAUGCCGGACGUCGUCGUGCGCUCCUUCAUGACCUGGCUGAGGAGCUACGUGAAGCUGUUCCAGGCGCCCUGCCAGCGCUGCGGGAAGUUCCUGCAGGAAGGCCUGCCGCCCACCUGGAGGGACUUCCGCACCCUCGAAGCGUUCCAUGACACCUGCCGACAGUGAGCCCCGCCG